CCCAGGCUCAGGGCUGGAGCCUGCGAACCGUGUCGACGAAGAUGACAGCUCGAGCCUUCUGGCUCCUCUGCUUGAUCGUUGGCUCAUCUCCCGAAGCCCCAGUGGCGGAGAGAAAAGCCUCGCCGCCCCACAACAGGAAGCCCGACCCCGGCGGCGGCGCGAGCGCCGAAGACACGCCCGGGCCCCGGGCGCAGCCGGUCCCCGAGGCCCCGCGGCGGGCGCGCGCGGCCGAAGCCGCUCCCGGCCCCUGGUCGGAGCCUCGGCGCCGGAAGCCCCCGCCGCCCGCCGAGAACCGGGAGCCCUGCGCGCGCGCCUGCAGGGCCGACCUGGACGAGCGCGAGUCCUACUGUGCGAGCGAAUUCGGUGAGCUCCGCCCUGCAGCUCCGCCCGGGCCCGGCCACGCGGACCCCUGA